AUCCCUACAUCAACACAACAUAGUCAGCCACGCUGUGAAAAAUUUAGUAAAAAUUGGGAAAACUUGUAUUUAACAUACAAAAUAAUUGAAAAGCAAGUUCGUAAGUGAUUCUUCGAAUUGCGCUGUGCAUACCAACAACAUUUUUGGUUUCUUCAAACGUGCUAGACACCGAGCAAGGGCGUUUUUUCCCGUCCAAAAAUUUCAACAUGGCCGAGGACUUUGAUGUCGAAGCAAUGCUGGAGGCGCCGUACCAAAAAAACAACGUCAGUGCGGGCAGCGCUGGACGGGGACGCAGACGAAGCGGCGACAGCGAGAGCGCUGGACACGAUGACAACGAUGAGGAUGAGCGCUACAUUGAGAACGGCACACGCUCCUCGAAUGGCAAUAAAAAACGCAGUCAUCGCUCACGCAGUCGCAGUGGAUCGCGUGAUGCCAAACACAGACGCUCCAAGGAUCGGGAACGCGAGAAAGAGCGCGUGAGUGAACGCAGCAGUUAUCGCGACAAGGAUAGAGAUCGCGAUCGUGAUCGUGAGCAGCGUGAUCAUCGUUAUCGUGAUGGUAAACGCAGCAGCCGUUCACGCGAUGAGCGUCCCAGCGAUGAGAAGCGGGUCAGCGGCAGUGGACGCAGCGAACGACGCUCUCGUGAGCGUCGUGGCAGCAGCAAGACAAUGCAGCGCGAUGCUGAACGCAAGCGCAGCCGCUCUCGUGAUAGACGCCGGCGCAGUCGCUCUCGGGAUCAGCAGCAGCGCAAACGGAUGAGUCCGAUUCGAGAACGUCGGCGCAGUCACUCACGCUCCAAAGACAGAAACAGUCGCCGUCGCACGAGCUACUCCCCAAGGCCACACAGUGGGCGCGGGCGUGGUGGCGGUGGUGGUGGUCCCGGUGGCAGAUCGCCACCGAAUGGCGUUGGGGAUCGCACACCACCCACCGAGCUCAGUCCUGAGGAACGCGAUGCACGCACCGUGUUCUGCAUACAGCUAUCACAACGUGUGCGUGCCCGUGAUCUGGAAGAGUUCUUCUCCAGCGUUGGCAAGGUGCGUGAUGUACGCUUGAUAACAUGCAAUAAGACAAAACGCUUCAAGGGCAUUGCGUAUAUUGAAUUCGAAGAUCCAGAGUCAGUGGCGUUGGCACUGGGAUUGUCCGGCCAGCGGCCUGGGGUGCCCAUAAUGGUGCAGCAUACCCAGGCGGAAAAGAAUCGACUACAGAGUGCGCCACCUCCGUUCCAACCUAAAGCCCACACCGGACCCAUGCGGUUAUACGUUGGAUCGCUGCACUUUAACAUCACCGAGGACAUGCUGCGUGGCAUUUUCGAGCCGUUUGGCAAGAUUGAUGUCAUUCAACUGAUAAUGGAUACGGAGACGGGACGCUCCAAAGGCUAUGGAUUUAUUACGUAUCAUAAUGCUGACGAUGCCAAGAAGGCUUUGGAGCAACUGAACGGAUUUGAGCUGGCCGGCCGUCCCAUGAAGGUGGGUAAUGUAACAGAGCGCCUGGAUAUGAACACCAGCUCAUUGGACACUGAUGAAAUGGACCGCAGCGGCAUUGAUCUUGGCGCCACGGGACGACUACAGCUCAUGUUUAAGCUGGCCGAGGGAGCCGGCUUGGCAGUGCCACAAGCAGCAGCCAAUGCAUUGCUGGCGACGGCACCACAGCCAGCGCCUGUACAACAACAACAGCAAACACCAUCUAUAGCCACACAGUGUUUUAUACUGUCCAACAUGUUUGAUCCGCGCACUGAGACAAAUCCAACAUGGGAUACGGAGGUACGCGACGAUGUGUUGGAGGAAUGCGACAAGCACGGAGGUGUAUUGCACAUACACGUGGACACCGUUUCACCCACGGGCACUGUCUAUGUCAAAUGUCCGAGCACAACCACAGCGGUGUUGGCGGUGAAUUCACUGCAUGGACGAUGGUUUGCCGGACGCGUUAUUACGGCGGCAUACGUGCCAUUGAUCAACUAUCACUCCAUGUUUCCGGAUACAAUCAGCGCCGUCGAUUUGAUUGCAUCGACACGCAAAAAUACUGAUGAUUAAAAUAUGAUAUGGGGUGAGGCAAGCGAUAGAAUUGCUAAAGUAGCCGCCGAAGGAGCAGCAGCUACGACUACAACACAAUAUAUUGUUAUUAUUCGUUAAACAAAUUUUGUCAGAAUUUUUGAAUUUUUUGAAAGACUUUUGCCAAUUUUGUGUAUUGAUUCGCAAUCUGAAAGAAAAAUGGGACACAUGAAAAAUACAAGUAUAAUUAAAUAUAUAUCUUAAUAAUAUGCAUCAUAUAUAAUUAGGCAUUCCUAACACGCCAAAAAUUUCGAUUUGGAUUUCAAUUCUGAACUACUUAUGUGUAGAAAUAAUUAACUUAUCACUUUUAAAUUUUCCAUUUUUUUAAAAGCAUAAUUUAGACAGCGCUACAUACUUACAAAUGUAUAAUGCUAUGUAAACAAACAAAAUAAAAACAUUUUGUAGACAGCAACAAA